AUGUCGGAGGUAGACAAAGAGAAUCGCCUUCCCGCCACAACUGACGCAGCAAGCAAGCGCCCACUUACUAGCAAAACUUCAGCUAAUAUCACGUCGUCGCCAUCAUCAAUCGAACCGCCUCUCGGUCAAGUUUCAGUCGCAUUCCCAGCAGAGGAUCCAGAUGCAGAUCGCGAUAUGCUUGCCAGUGACGGCAAGACGUUGCGGUCCAAGCGGUCCGUCCUCUUCUACGGAUCUGCCAACUCGGCCAACAAAUCCAACCAGCAGCCCUUCUCUCGCAGCGCCGCCAAGAGAGAAUCAAUCCUGGCGCUUGGAAGCAUCGGUUAUCUUCAGCACCUGUAUACGAAGCAAGGUAUCGCCAAUCGUAAACGUCCGAUGAUGAAGGGCGCCAUGACCCUCGCCAUCGGUCCCGCCGGCGAAGCAAUGAUGUCGUCCGAAGGUGACGAACCAGGGGCGCUGACUGACUCAGACAUAAGGACUCGCGGUCGGGCAUCUUCAAGCCAAACUGCGGAGGAGGAUGAGGGCCCUGACUGCUUCGAUUUGCCACCAAGCCCAGAGGCAGGCACAUUCACACGGCCGCGAUACCUUGACGUAGCACGACCCUUGGAAGCAGAUACGCAGGCACUCCGUGCUCUUCUUGUUGCCGACUUGCGACGACUGUCAGAGGUGUGGGCGCUCUCGGAGUGGAUUGCGAGAGACUCAGAUGCAGCCGGGAUCAGGCAAGUGAUGUCAGCAGACACGUCUAACAGCGAGAGCCCAAACAUGCCACCAUCCACCUCUGUGGAUCUACUCUCUGUCAUCGAUGUGACCACCAAAGCCAUUCGAUCGGUACGCAGCUACAUUCUUGCUCUUCCACAACGCUCCAAGAUACCUACAACGGCCCCAAAUGAGCCUAUAGGACGAGACCGCUAUAAGCGUCAAAGUAGCUUCAGUGGAGUGUCGAGGCCAGGCCAGGUUGGCACGCCAGUUCCAACGAGAACCAGUGAAAUCCUUCACCACAGUCUCGCGGUUGAAAACAGCUCUGCGAAGCAUCCCCUUUCCAAGCCGUCGUUGGAGAGGCGGAACUCCAGCACACAAGACACCGAUGACGCCGAACAACUCGUCAUAAUCCGAAAGGCUGCGCUCGAGAUGCUGUCCACUCUCAAGGACUUGGAGGCGAGAAAUCGAGUCGAAGUUUUAGAUGCCAACGGCGAAGGAACACUCAAAGAUAGUUCACAGGAGCAAGAUGCUCCCACCAAGCUUGCAUUGAGCAUCGACCCUGAUGAGUCGAAUAUAAGCGCCUUUGCUGGCAGGGUUUCAGGUACCGGCUACCUAUACCGCUCUGAUAUCAAGCUCGCUGAUCUAGCUCCAGAGCAAAAGGUUCUUCAAGGUUACCUCAAGACAGUCAAUGCGGUUUUGACAUGCGCCGAAGCAUGCAUCCUGGAAAGCAGAAGAGAUGGUCGCCGUUCCUCGAAUACAGGAACACUCGGCGAACAUGAAGCCAUUAUGCCUACAGGAACGUCGCAUUCGGCCUUCGACAGUGCGCCCUGUAUUCGCCUAGACUCGUCAGCGUCUUCGAACUCGUCCGACGCGAGUCUUGACUGGAGAGCAAAUGGCCUCAGCACAGCAAAACGUGCUUCUCGCUUUAUGAUCGAUCUCUGCGGCGCGUGUGUUGGAGAAGAGCUCGACGAAGCACGACUCAAGAGGCUGAUCGACGCCAAGGAUGACCUCGAACGCCUUCUGCCAAUGCUAUAUGAUGGCUACCUGCUCUGUCGAGCCUUCAACGAGGCUGUUCGAAGAUCAGACAAGCCGUGGGGUUACAUUUCUUCUCGCGAGAUGCAUGAUCUUGAAGCAGAGGAGGCAGCCUUGCUCCACAAGGGGGCAUUGCGGCUCAAGCAAGCACAAGAAGACGAAGCGGUCAAGUUCCAGACUCGCUCGGAUAGGAGGACUGCCAGUGAAGACAAUGGUGGCAUAAUCGAGACAGAGGCUCGCGCGAAGUCGCUUGAGUCGGAAAAUCUACUCAGCCGACCUGGAUGGACCUUCCGCCGGAGCGAAAACUUACGGGUUUGGGCAGCUGCACUCAAGUUGCGCUAUCACAUUCAGACCACUGCCACCCGGGCAGUCGCUUCUAAGCCUGUCAAAAUGGGCCCGACGUAUGGAAGCUUGGGCAUGGGCAAGUUGGCUCUGCAUGGACGUAGGGUAGCGUCAGAGUCACAUGCGUCAGCUUCAGACCUUCCACAUGGCUCGUCCAGAACGAUCGACUUUGACCCGGCAAAAAUUGCACGCAAGGAAGACGGGUGGCAGGAGAUGCUGAUUACGCUGCUCACAGCUUGGAUCGAAGCCGUUGCCGAGGAGCAGGCGAGCGAAGCAAACAUCGUGUGA